AUGCUACCGCGCACCCUCACCCUCGCUGCCCGCACGAUGCCGUCGUCGACGCUGGCAAUGACCCGCUCGACGGUCGCUACCCGCCGCGCACUGAGCACGACGAGAUGCGCAUCAAGUGGCAAGUUUGACCGACCCGGUCCGCCCCCCCUACCCGCCAAGGAGCAGCGCGAAUUCGAAAGACUGGUCAAGGACAAGCAGAACUCGUUGCAGUUCACGUCGGCCGAGGAGCAGUUCCACCCGGACGCGCGCAAGAAGCCCCAACCGGACUUUGAGGGCGAGACCAACCCCGUCACCGGUGAAGUCGGCGGGCCCAAGAAGGAUCCCCUCACCUACGAAAAGGAGUGGACCUAUGGAGGUCGCGCGACCGACUUCUAG